AUGUCUCUUAUUCCGCAGCCUCAGUCCGUGGCCCUCAAAGAAGGCCUCGUGGAGCUAGCCAGCUUCGACCAUGUCAACGCCGCGCUCGACACCACCCUCCAUCCCGAGGGCUACACCAUCGACAUUUCCACCGCCAACGGAGUGCACAUCAAAGGCGGCUCCUCCGCCGGCCUCUUCUACGCCCGGCAGACCCUGCGACAGCUCCUCCCGUCAGCUGCCCUCCGGCACGGCGCCCGCGGGCCCUGGCGGCUCCCCGCGCAGACCAUUGCCGAUGCGCCAUCGUCCGGCCUGCGCUGGCGCGGCUGUAUGCUCGACGUCGCGCGCCACUUUAUGCCCCUCUCCGAUGUCCUGCGCUUCAUUGACGUGCUCGCCUUCCACAAGCUCAACACCCUGCACCUGCACCUCACCGACGACCAGGGCUGGCGCAUCGACGUGCCGGCGUGGCCGCGCCUCGCCGCCGUGGCGAGCUGGCGCACACGCUCCAUGCAGGGCACGCGGCACCAGCCGGGCUUUGAUGCGCGUCCGCACGGUGGCUUUUACACCGCAGACGACUUGCGCGAGAUUGUGGCCUUUGCGGCGCAUCGGCACGUCACGGUCGUGCCCGAGGUGAAUAUGCCAGGCCACAUGCAAGCCGCAAUUGCCGCGUACCCGGAGCUAGGCAACACGGAUGUCAAGGGCCGUAGCUCCGAUGAAGGCGUCUGGGACUUUUGGGGCAUUUCGCCGCGCGUGCUCAAUGUCUCCGACACCACGCUUGACUUUUGCCGCUCCGUCCUGGACUUUGUCUGCGACAUUUUCCCGUCCGAGACCAUCUGCAUCGGCGGCGAUGAGUGCCUCUACGACGAGUGGAGAGCCAGCCCGUGCGUGCAAUCACGCAUGGAGGAGCUCGGCGUCACGACGGAGUCUGCGCUGCAGGGCUGGUUCACGGACCAGAUGGCCGCGCAUCUCGCGACCCGCGGCCGGCGCGCCUACGGCUGGGACGAGGUCAUGGAGGGGUACACGGGUCCCGCCGACAAGAUUCUCGUCGCAGCAUGGCGAGGGCCCGGUCCGACAUCCGUUGCCGCGCGGCGUGGCUUCGACGUGGUGACGUGCCCAGACGUGCACGCCUAUCUCGACUACCGCCAGUCGGACGACCCCGGCGAGCCCACCCCCGUGGGCACGCUUCUCACGCUGGAGGACGUGUACUCCUUUGAGCCCAUCCCGGCCGGCCUGGAGGCCGACGCGGCGCGCCACAUCGUCGGCGCGCAGGUCAAUGUCUGGACGGAGCACAUGGAGAAUGCUCGGCGCGUGCAGUACAUGGUCUACCCGCGGGCGUGUGCGUUUGCAGAGGUGGCAUGGGGCAAGACGCGAGAGCACGGCCGCUUUGGCGAUUUCCAGACGAGGCUCGAGGACGGCCACCUCGCGAGGCUGGAUGCGUUGGGCGUCAACUACAGGCCGCCGACGGGACCACGGCCGUGGGACGGGCGGCCAGAUGCUCCUGGGCACCCGCUGUCGCGGGAGGAGCGCCUAGCUGAGAUUGAGAAGAUGACGGCCGAGCUGGGGUAUUGA